AUGAGGGAAGUCAGUGCUGAUGUCAUAGAACUAUGCGGGUUGCUUCAAUGCCUUGGUUACAAUAUCAAGUCUUUGGACACAAGAGAUGGAAAUACUAGCAUGGAUCGUCCGAAGACUGUUACAAUAACCUGCCAGGCAUCUGGAAUUCAAGUAAUGUUGGAAAGUGCUGAUAUGGGCUGUUCAUGUCCAGGUAACGCCAAUGAGUCCAACAGUGGAUUCUGGCAAGUCUCUGGAAUGACGGGAGGUAAACAGCUCAAUAAGGAAACCACCAGUGGUCUGAUUGGCUCUCUACCCCGCAAAACGCGAGAAGAAGUAGCUAAUAACUUAAUAAAAAUUAUUAGUUACAUAAAGGAUCAUAAUGAGUCUGAACUGGACAAGCCAAUGCAAGCAAAUAAAUCUACAAGCAUGCUUGAGCUGAAUACUCCAGAAAAAAGGAAUGUGGAGCUUAAACUUGAAACUCCAAAUCGAUGCAAAUCUCUGGAUACUCUCGCAUUAGAAGGUGGCUCAAAUAUUCCUGGAUCAUGGCUCCUGCAACGACAAUUGACCCACAGCGCUGACGUAAUGCCCAAAAAGACAUCAAUGUAUCAACGGCAGCGCACUUACACUGUCUCUACAACAUCCGGGUCUAUAAGAACACGAAAUAAAACAUCAAGCCCCAUUAGGAAAUGUCCAGUAUCACCAGAUUUACUUGCCACGCUAGUUCAAGCGGAAACGAAUUGUCACGAUUUAAAAAAUUUACUAAACUAUAUCAUCCACUUACUUGCUGAGGACGAAAAGAAUGAUUCAUCAAUGUCUUCCCUCGCCUUGGAUGUAUCUAGAAUUUCACUAAUAAAGGGUCCAGAACUAUCCAAGCCUUUUACAUCUAGUCCUAACAUAUCUUCUUUAGGAAUGGCAAACGAAGAUAUAACAAAACAUCUUAGGAGAGCAGAAACGGGUUCAACAACCAGUUUAAAAUCCGACAACAAUUCUGCGAAACAAUCAAAACUGCGUAAAUAUACACCAGGAUUGCUUAAGUUUAAAAAGGAGAGUAAGGAACCACCCAAGCCUGAUAAGAAGGAAAUCAAGAGUCGUUUAUUCAGUAACUUUAUGAAGCCGAAACCCGGAUCACAUUCAGUAUCACCUAGUACAUCAAGAUUGAACGUAGACGCGAGUCCGAAUUUAUCUGGUGCCAAGAAAAAGUACAGUCACAUCAAGUCCACAAUUCCUAGACCAUCAUCCAAGAAGGAGUAGCAUAAACGUUUUGUACACAUUUUCACUAAGUUAUUUAAACUGGUCGGCUGGUUCAAGA